GCGGGGGCGGGGCGGACCGCGGCUCCGACUUCCAACAUGGCGCACGCUGGCGGCGGCGGCGGCAGCGGCGGCGGCGGCGGGGGCCCCGCGGGCCGGGGGCUGAGCGGCGCCCGCUGGGGUCGCUCGGGCUCCGCGGGUCACGAGAAGCUGCCGGUGCACGUGGAGGACGCCCUCACCUACCUGGACCAGGUGAAGAUCCGCUUCGGCAGCGACCCUGCCACCUACAACGGCUUCCUGGAGAUCAUGAAGGAGUUCAAAAGCCAGAGCAUCGAUACGCCUGGAGUCAUCCGACGCGUGUCGCAGCUCUUCCACGAACACCCUGACCUCAUUGUUGGAUUCAACGCUUUCCUUCCCCUCGGGUACAGAAUAGACAUUCCCAAGAACGGCAAGUUAAACAUACAGUCGCCUCUGUCCAACCAGGAGAAUUCACACAACCACAGCGACUGUGCGGAGAACUUCAAGCCACAGAUGCUGUAUAAGGAGGACAAGCCGCAGGUGCCCUUGGAGUCGGAUUCCGUGGAGUUCAACAACGCCAUCAGCUACGUGAACAAGAUUAAGACCCGUUUUCUAGACCACCCAGAGAUCUACAGGUCAUUCCUGGAGAUCCUGCACACUUACCAGAAGGAGCAGCUGAGCACAAAGGGCCGGCCAUUCCGCGGCAUGUCUGAGGAGGAGGUGUUUACCGAGGUGGCCAACCUCUUCCGGGGCCAGGAGGACCUGCUGUCCGAGUUUGGACAGUUCCUGCCUGAAGCCAAGCGGUCCCUGUUCACAGGAAAUGGGCCAUGUGAAAUGAACAGUGUCCAGAAGAGUGAACAUGAGAAGAAUCUGGAACACAGCAAAAAGCGCUCUCGGCCCUCGCUCCUCCGUCCAGUGUCUGCACCAGCCAAGAAGAAAAUGAAACUCCGAGGUACCAAAGACCUGUCCAUUGCUGCCGUGGGGAAGUACGGCACCCUGCAGGAGUUUUCCUUCUUUGACAAGGUUCGCAGGGUGCUGAAGAGCCAGGAGGUCUACGAGAACUUCCUCCGCUGCAUCGCGCUCUUCAACCAGGAGCUCGUGUCCGGCUCCGAGCUCCUCCAGCUCGUCAGCCCGUUUCUCGGGAAAUUUCCAGAACUCUUUGCACAGUUCAAGUCCUUCCUGGGGGUGAAAGAGCUGUCAUUCGCCCCACCCAUGAGCGACAGAUCCGGGGAUGGAAUAAGCCGGGAAAUUGACUACGCGUCUUGCAAGCGCAUUGGAUCCAGCUACCGAGCGCUCCCCAAAACCUACCAGCAGCCCAAGUGCAGUGGGAGGACGGCCAUCUGCAAGGAGGUGCUGAAUGACACCUGGGUCUCCUUCCCCUCCUGGUCAGAGGACUCCACUUUCGUCAGCUCCAAGAAGACCCCCUACGAAGAGCAGCUGCACCGCUGUGAGGAUGAGCGUUUUGAGUUAGAUGUCGUCCUGGAGACCAACCUGGCCACGAUCCGCGUGUUGGAAAGUGUGCAGAAGAAGCUCUCGCGGAUGGCACCUGAAGAUCAGGAGAAGUUCCGGCUGGAUGACUGUCUGGGGGGCACGUCGGAGGUGAUCCAGCGCCGCGCCAUCCACCGCAUUUACGGCGACAAGGCUCCAGAGAUCAUCGAGAGCCUCAAGAAAAACCCCGUCACUGCCGUCCCCGUCGUCCUGAAAAGGCUGAAGGCCAAGGAGGAGGAAUGGCGGGAGGCCCAGCAGGGCUUCAACAAGAUCUGGCGGGAGCAGUACGAGAAGGCAUAUCUCAAGUCCCUGGACCAUCAGGCCGUAAACUUCAAACAGAACGACACCAAGGCCCUUCGCUCCAAGAGCUUACUCAACGAGAUCGAGAGUGUCUAUGACGAGCACCAGGAGCAGCACUCCGAGGGCCGUAGCGCCCCCUCCAGCGAGCCACACCUCAUCUUCGUGUAUGAGGACAGGCAGAUCCUGGAGGACGCGGCCGCCCUCAUCAGCUACUACGUGAAGCGGCAGCCAGCCAUCCAGAAGGAGGACCAGGGCACCAUCCACCAGCUGGUGCACCAGUUCGUGCCCAGCCUCUUCUUCUCCCAGCAGCUGGACCUGGGCGCAUCCGAGGACUCUGCCGAUGAGGGCCGGGGGAGCCCCCAGGGCCAGAGCGCCGACCCCGGUGACCGGAAGAAGCCAGCGCCGGGGCCGCAGAGCAGCCCCUCAGAGGAGAAGGGGGCCGUAGGCGAGCCGCCGGCCGCCGAGCAACCGCCACAGCAGCACAAGCCCCUGGACGACGUGUACAGCCUCUUCUUCGCCAACAACAACUGGUACUUCUUCCUGCGCCUCCACCAGACCCUGUGCUCCAGGCUGCUGAAGAUCUACCGCCAGGCGCAGAAGCAGCUCCUGGAGUACCGGACCGAGAAGGAGCGGGAGAAGCUGCUCUGUGAGGGCCGCCGCGAGAAGGGCAAUGACCCUGCCAUGGAGCUGCGGCUGAAGCAGCCGAGUGAGGUGGAGCUGGAGGAGUACUACCCGGCCUUCCUGGACAUGGUGCGGAGCCUGCUGGAGGGCAGCAUCGACCCCACGCAGUACGAGGACACGCUGCGCGAGAUGUUUACCAUCCACGCCUACGUGGGCUUCACCAUGGACAAGCUGGUGCAGAGCAUUGCCAGGCAGCUGCACCACCUCGUGAGUGACGACGUCUGUCUGAAGGUGGUGGAGCUCUACUUGAACGAGAAGAAGCGGGGUGCCGCGGGGGGGAACCUGUCCUCUCGCUGCGUGCGUGCUGCCAGGGAGACCAGCUACCAGUGGAAGGCCGAGCGGUGCAUGGCCGAUGAGAACUGCUUCAAGGUGAUGUUCCUCCAGCGCAAAGGGCAGGUGAUCAUGACCAUCGAGCUUCUAGACACCGAGGAGGCGCAGACAGAGGACCCCGUGGAGGUCCAGCAUCUGGCUCGGUACGUGGAGCAGUACGUGGGGACCGAGGGGGCGUCCAGCUCGCCCACCGAGGGCUUCCUCCUGAAGCCCGUGUUCCUGCAGAGGAACCUCAAGAAGUUCCGCCGGUGGCAGUGUGAGCAGGUGCGCGCCCUGCGUGGCGAGGCCAAGAGCUCCUGGAAGCGGCUGGUCGGGGUGGAGAGCGCCUGCAACGUGGACUGCCGCUUCAAGCUGAGCACCCACAAGAUGAUGUUCAUCGUCAACUCGGAGGACUACAUGUACCGCCGCGGCACCCUCUGCCGGGCCAAGCAGGUACAGCCCCUGGUCCUGCUGCGCCACCACCAGCACUUCGAGGAGUGGCACAGCCGCUGGCUGGAGGACAACGUGACGGUGGAGGCGGCCGGCCUGGUGCAGGACUGGCUGAUGGGCGAGGAGGACGAGGACAUGGUGCCCUGCAAGACGCUCUGCGAGACCGCGCACGUGCACGGGCUGCCGGUGACCCGCUACCGAGUGCAGUACAGCCGCCGCCCGGCCUCGCCCUGACUCCGUCCGCGGCCGCCUCGGCCCGGAGCUGCGCCGAGCGAGCUCACGAACAGCCUGAGGGGAGCGGAGCGUCCCCCAGCCUUGCUGCUACAGGCCGCGAGCGCCCGAGAGCGGUGGGGUUGUGUUGGCCUGUGGCCCCGUGCUGCCAUCCCUUUCGGCUUCCCUGCUUCCUUUGGGCCCGUCCUGUGCCAAACCUGAGUCCUUCCUGCCCUUGAACUCGGGGGGCUCGCUCCCUGCUGGAAGGGGGAGGAUCCACACGCGAGCCCAGGAGCAAGUGAUUGCCUUUAUGCACCUGCUGGGCCGCUUCCGUCACACGUGCCAAAUCCCCAAGCGGGGGCACCACCGGUCCUUUUGUGCAUACGGUGUCUGGAAAAGUCCGUGAUGAACCGUGCGGGGGCGUGUGUUGGGGUUCAGGAGACCCCAACAUCGAAGGAGUCGGGCCGGGGUGGAGCUGCUUGAAAAGCACGUCCUUCCUGAAUGGUUCUGAAAGCUUCCAGAAACUUCCCGAGCUGGGCCGUGCCAGCAUCUGGUAGUCGGGGCCUGGGCUAGGCCCAGCUGAUGCUUGGGGUCCUUGGUCACUUUGAAAGCAGGAGGAGCCCUUUCAGCCAAACUGUUGAGAUUCUGCUUUGUCAAGAUGUAAAGUGGGUGGGCAGCACCAGAACUGUCGAGAAGACCGCACUCUGGAAAAAAUGAGACUCCUAACCCUGUAUUGACCUGGCAGCCGCACUCGGAGCUCUCAAAGGGAGGGGGCUCAGCCCGAGACUCCCGCUGAGCUCAAGCGGCCCCACACUGGGAGGGCCCAGCAGUGCGGCCGUGUACCUAAGAAGGACAUUCUAGAAAAAUAUAUAUAUGCACACACAUAUUUAUUCGUAAGCUCUCUUAGUGGUUGUAACUUCUGCAACAGCCAAGUCCCACGGUUCCUUGGGUAGUGAGAGCCGCCUUCGUGGGACUCUGCAGACCUGCCCUUGACAUUGCUCUUCCUACAGCCACCGCCUGGACGGGGUAUGGGCAUGAGGGCCUGAGGCAACUGUCCUACAGAGGUGUGCAAGGUUUUCUGUGCCAAGAAUGCCAAGCAGUUCGGGCCGGGGACCAGGUCUUUAGAAUACUUGCACCCUGAGAAGCCCUGGCCGGGCUCCUGGCACCAUCAGAAGGGGAUCGACCAACAGCAGGGCCCAGAACCAUCCCCGUGUGCAGCCUCCCUUCUGCCCAGCGGCAGCCCUCACCCUCCCAAAACUGAGCUGUGCCAAAUCCGCGGUUCUGGGAAGUGGAGACAUGUUUCUAGAAGUUUUCUAGGAGUUUACCUGUGGAACUCAAGGUUUGCAAAGCCUUUGACUCGGAGUCUGGGUGAUUCCAGGGCCAGUGUGCCCCACCCAGGGUCUCCUAGCCCGCGUUUGUUUGCUCAAGUCUACCAGGCACUUUGUCCACAUCCUUGUUUUGUAAGAAGGGAACUUACCAGAAUUCCUGAACCAGAACCUCCCGGCGCCAUCCUUGGGAGCCCGUGGCCCCUUCCGUGCCUCCGUGUGGGUCUGGGGUGCGGGCCACACCCUGCCAAGCCCCGCCCUGCAUGCUUCUAGGGAGCGUCUCUUCUGUUUUUGAAGAAUUUCUGUUCUGGGGCUUGUACUUCCUUUGCAGCUGUUUUGAAUGUAGUUUUCCUUUUCUAUUUAUUUGCACAUUAAAGUUAAAAAUUAAAUAUUGACCUAACUCCA